GCCCGGCUCGGCUGUCAGCUCGGCGCGCCGGAAGGGGCCGAGGGCGGCCUGACGGACGGAAGCCCGCGGCGGCGGCCAUGGGGGUGCCAAAGUUCUACCGGUGGAUCUCGGAGCGGUACCCGUGCCUCAGCCAGGUGCUCAAGGAGCAUCAUAUUCCAGAAUUUGACAACUUGUACCUGGACAUGAACGGUAUCAUCCAUCAGUGUUCACACCCUAAUGAUGAUGAUGUUCACUUCAGAAUUUCAGAUGAUAAGAUCUUUGCUGAUAUUUUUCACUACUUGGAAGUAUUAUUUCGUAUUAUUAAGCCAAGAAAGAUUUUCUUUAUGGCAGUCGAUGGAGUGGCUCCAAGAGCAAAAAUGAACCAGCAGCGUGGGAGACGUUUUAGGUCAGCAAAAGAGGCAGAGGACAAAAUUAAAAAGGCUUUAGAUAAAGGAGAAACUCUCCCAACAGAAGCCAGAUUUGACUCGAACUGUAUUACACCAGGCACUGAUUUCAUGGCGAGGUUGCACGAACAUCUGAAGUAUUUUGUAAAUAUGAAGAUUUCCACAGACAAAUCCUGGCAAGGCGUAACUGUCUACUUAUCAGGCCAUGAGACUCCAGGUGAAGGAGAACAUAAAAUUAUGGAAUUUAUCAGAUCAGAGAAAACAAAGCCUGAUCAUGAUCCAAACACGAGACACUGUCUUUAUGGCUUAGAUGCUGACUUGAUUAUGCUUGGAUUAACAAGUCAUGAGGCACAUUUCUCUCUCUUAAGAGAAGAGGUCAGGUUUGGUGGCAAAAAAUCUCAGAGAGCAUGUGCACCAGAAGAAACUACGUUUCACUUACUACACUUGUCAUUAAUGAGAGAAUAUAUUGACUAUGAGUUUUCACCAGUCAAAGACAAGAUUUCCUUUGAAUUUAACAUUGAAAGGAUAAUAGAUGAUUGGAUUCUAAUGGGAUUUCUUGUAGGCAAUGACUUUAUCCCUCAUCUACCUCAUUUGCAUAUUAAUCACGAUGCACUGCCUCUGCUUUAUAGAACUUAUAUGGCUAUUUUGCCAGAACUUGGAGGUUACAUCAAUGAAAAUGGGCAUCUAAACUUAAAACGCUUUCAGAAAUAUCUUACCAAAUUGUCAGAUUUUGAUCGUGAACACUUCAGUGAAGUCUUUGUAGACCUAAAGUGGUUUGAAAGCAAAGUAGGCAAUAAAUAUCUCAAUGAGGCAGCUGGAGUUGCAGCAGAAGAAGCAAGAAACAGUAAGCAAAAGAAACAGAAGGCUCAGGAAAACUCCAUAUGUUUGGCUGCUUUAGAAAAAACUGAGGAUGUCAUCACAGGUACUUGUAAAAUUUCAGAAGUAUUAGAAGAUGAACCAGAAGAUGAUGACCUGUUCGAGACUGAGUUUAGGCAAUACAAGAGAACUUACUAUAUGACUAAGAUGGGUGUCGACAUAGUUUCAGAUGACUUUCUGGCUGAUCAGGCUGAAUGUUACGUUCAGGCAAUACAGUGGAUUUUGCAUUAUUACUACCAUGGGGUUCAAUCAUGGAGCUGGUAUUAUCCUUAUCAUUAUGCACCUUACCUAUCAGAUAUUCGCAACAUCAGUAAACUCAAAAUCCAGUUUGAGUUAGGAAAACCUUUCAUGCCGUUUGAACAACUUCUUGCAGUACUUCCAGCAGCUAGUAAAGAUCUGCUACCUAAAUGCUACCAGCACUUGAUGACUAGUGAAGACUCUCCAAUCAUAGAAUACUAUCCACCAGAUUUUAAAACGGACUUAAAUGGAAAACAGCAAGAAUGGGAAGCUGUGGUGUUAAUUCCAUUUAUUGAGGAAAAACGAUUGCUACAAGCCAUGGAAUCUUGCAACAAAUACCUAAUGGAAGAGGAGAGGCAAAGAAAUACACACAGUGGGUGCCUAAUGUACUGGCAUGACAGAGAUACAGAGUUCAAAUACCUGUCACCAUGGCCAGAAAAAUUCCCUGCUAUUGAAAGGUGCUGUACCAGGUAUAAAACCAUAGCCUUGGAUGCCUGGCAUGUAGAAAUAACCCACAAUAAAAUUACUAAAAUUAACAAGAGUGCUUUGUAUUUCUGUGGGUUUCCUACUUUAAAGCACAUUAAACAUAAGUUCUACCUAAAAAAAAAUGGCGUACAAGUUUUCCAGCAGAGCAGCCAUGGAGAGAACAUGAUGUUAGACAUUGUAAUUGAUGAGGAUUCAAAAGAGCCGACUGUAGAAAAUGUGGCCAGUUUGGUGCUUGGAAAGUCGGUCUUCGUUAACUGGCCUCACCUUGAAGAAGCCAGAGUUGUAGUUGUGUCAGAUGGAGAAACGAAGUUUUAUUUGGAAGAAACACAUGGAACACAGAAGCUUUACCUGGGAAAUGCUGUGCCACCAACUAAAGUGGCAUAUGUUGGAGACAAAGAACAGAACGUCUGGUUAAAAGAAGUUCAAGGGAUUACAGAACACUACCAGAGAAGAAAAGGAAUAAUUGUAAAUGAAACCUCAGUAGUUGUGUAUGCUCAACUACUCACUGGUCGUAGAUAUCAGCUAAAUCAAAGUGGUGAUGUUUAUUUGGAAAAGCAGUGGUCAAAACAAGUUCUUCCUUUUGUUUACCAAACUGUUGUUAAGGAUAUCAAAGCUUUUGACUCCCACUUUUCCAACAUUAAAACCUUGGAUGACCUGUUUCCGCCUGGAAGUACAGUCUUUAUGCUAGGAUCACCUUAUUAUGGCUGCACAGGAGAAGUUCAGGAUUCAUGUGAUGUGAUCACAGAAGGUAGAAUUCGUGUUGUUUUCAGCAUUCCAUGUGAACCACAGCUUGAUACUUUAAUACAGAAUCAGCAUAAAUAUUCUGUGAAGUACAAUCCUGGAUAUGUAUUAGCCAGUCGUCUCGGAAUAAGUGGAUAUCUUGUCUCCAGGUUUACAGGAAGUAUAUUUAUUGGAAGAGGAUCCAGAAAAAAUCCCCAUGGAGACCACAAGGCAAACGUAGGGUUGAACCUGAAGUUCAAUAAGAAGAAUGAAGAGGUGCCUGGCUAUACUAAGAAGGUUGGAAAUGAAUGGAUGUAUUCUUCUUCAGUAGAGCAACUUCUUGCAGAGUAUUUAGAAAGGGUCCCUGAACUCUUCAGUUAUAUAGCCAAAAAUAGUCAAGAAGAUAUAUUUUUUGAAGAUGACAUUUGGCCUGGUGAGGAUGAGAAUGGGGCUGAGAGAGUUCAAGAAAUUGUUGCCUGGCUGAAAGCACAUCCUGUCAGUGCUUUGUCUCGCUCAUCUUGUGACUUACAAAUUUUGGAUGCAGCUAUAGUUGAGAAAAUUGAAGAAGAAAUAGAGAAAUGCAAGCAAAGAAAGAGUAACAAGAAGGUGCGAGUGACAGUGAAACCCCAUUUGUUAUAUAGGCCUUUAGAACAACAGAAUGGGGUUGUUCCAGAUCGAGAUGCAGAGUAUCGUCUGUUUGAUCGUGUUGUCAAUGUGAGGGAAAACUUCUCUGUUCCAGUUGGUCUCCGAGGUACCAUUGUAGGAAUUAAAGGAGCCAAUAGAGAAACAGAUGUGCUCUUUGAAGUAUUGUUUGAUGAAGAAUUCCUUGGAGGCUUAACAAUAAGGUGCUCACCUGCCAGAGGUUAUCGUCUACCAUCAAGUGCCUUAAUUAAUCUGUCUCAUGGUAAUCGGUCAGAAACAGGCAACCAGAAAUUGACAGCCAUAGUGAAACCGCAACCAGCUGUGAAUCAAUAUAACUCUUACUCAUCUGAUCCAUCAUCUGUAUGCUCACAAAAGGUGCAUCUAGGAGGCCUCAACCAUUCUCCUCGUUCUCUUUUUGUUCCUACCCGACAACUGAAUGGAAGACAGCAUUAUAAUCUCAGGUCUGAAAAUCAGGGCAACUGCAGUUCACCACAGAAGGGAUCAGUUUUGGGUGGCAAUCAAAAAAACAAAGCUCACAGUAAACAAGAUGAUGAAUUUUGCAGCAUCUGGCAAUCAUUGCAAGGCUCUGGGAAAUCUCAGCCUGUUCAACAAAACAUGCAUGCAAAGGGCACAAUUCUACCUCAAGAAGCAAAGCCAGGACCUGGUAACCAAUUUUAUAAACCAGGCUUCAGUGAGAACAGUUUUAAAGGCCAGCAAAAAAAACAGGAGCCAUUUAAAAAGUUCAAAGAAGAUUCUAAAGGUUUAAGAAAUGAAGGUCCUUCACAAAAAAUACCAACUAAACAGAGUUUUGCAGGAGGAAAUAAAUAUAAUGUUAAGCUUUUGAAGAGAAAUGAAAGUCCAAAUGUGCCUGUUCUUCAAAAGGCUACUCUUGAUGGGCCCUGUAUAGCUGUGAAGAAGGACACUGAACUUGAAAGUCUUCUAGCAUCUUUGAAAAUCUCCAAAGAAAGUGAAGAGCAGUCAUCUUAUUCCAAGGAAGAAAGAGCCACAAAUGAAGAACAUUUAUCUCCACAGUCUUUUGUUAUGAAAGGAACACAAAUGCUUAAAGAAAUCUUGAAAAUUGAUGGCUCUGACGCAGAAAACAAGAAUGAAGUGAAGCUGCUGAUUAAUGAAGUUCCCACUUCCUCUUAUAGACAAGAUUCCCAUGGACCUGCCUCACAGCAUAGGCAAGCAAAAAAAAUUGCUGCUUACAUGAACAAGCCUUAUAACAUCGGAGGCCCUCAGAAUCCUCAAGUGUUGGAUGCUGGAGGUCACCCUUUCCUUGGUCCACAGUCUACCCCUGUAUCAGAACUUUCUCAUAUUUGUUCUAUUGUUGGAAUGUCUCAACCAGAUUUCUCUUUCCUCAGGACACCACAGACCAUGAUGGUUUGUCAAGUAAAAUUAUCCAAUGGCUUAUUAAUACAUGGACCUCAGUGUCAAUCUGAAAGUGAAGCCAAGGAGAAAGCUGCCCUUUUUGCUUUACAACACUUGAGUUCUGUUGGAUUGAACUUUCCUUUGCCACCAGCACCACCAAUGUUUUCAAAUUAUCAACCUGUUGGAGCUUCGCUAUCACCUGGAUCCAUUCCUCCAGUCUUCACACAACCCACUGCAAAUAUAACGCCCUCAUCAUCUCACAUGUUUAAUCCAAUGCCAUGGGGAGCUCCAGUGCCAAUUCAUGGCAAACCUUACUAUCCUGGUUCCUAUCAAGGGAAUAUGCCUCUUACAGGAACUGUACCAGUUGGUACUCACAACCAGUUUAUACCUCUGCAGGUAACUAAAAAAAGGGCUGCUAGCAAGAAAAAUUUCGAAUUCAAGGAGUUCCAGGUUUCUCCUCAAGCUGCACCACUAAAGAAUGAACAACCAAUGUCUUCUGAUCAUAUUCAACAAGAUAAUUCAACAACUUUAAAAGCUGCUCAAGACAAUGUAGCUAUGUCAAGUGUUCCUCAUAGCAAACCAAACGCUUCCAGCAAGCGAAAAGCAAGAAAGCUGGCAGUCAAUUUUGGCGUACCAAAAUCCUCAGAAUAAAAUAUGGUAGCUAGAUUGAUUUUAUUUUUAAUUCUUCCCAUAGAAUUAUCUUAUAAAAAGUUGGAACGCACUAUUUAAAAAGAAAGCAUUUUAAAUAUAAUAAAGAGUGAGAGAAAUGUCAGUUGUUAGGCUUUUCAUUUAAGGCCUUGAAUUAAACUGACAAAAGCUCGGAAGUUUUGAAUUAAGGUCACCACACCAUCCAUUUUGCCUAAGUCUCUGAACAGUGGCUUACAUAUUAUACCAUGUGCACAGCAAUAAUACAGUGGCCACCCUAAUUCAGAAUUGCCUUGUUUUUGGAGUAGGAUUUAAGGGCAGUAGUAAGUCAGGUGUUAAACAUUGGCUUAAUAUGAUCUUUUGUAUUUUAGCUCCUUUUUAAUGAUAGGAAGAAAAGGAUUUUAUUUACAUGUCACUUCCAUACUGGCUUUCUGGAUCAUUAUGAUCUGAAGCAGUAUGAUUAGAACUGAGCUACAGUGGCAUGGCCGGAUUUGCUGUAAAUUCAGUAAUUUCUGGGUUUUAUGCCAAAGGGUAGCCAUUCUAAAACUCUCUGAAUUUAAAUAUUAUUAAUGCCUAUAAAUUUUGUUACAGGGUGAGUUUUAUUACAUGGCAAAAUUAAGGGGUUGUUGACAAAACUAGAGUAAAUUUAUGCCAUAAAAUUGGCUUGAGAAUACAUUGACUGCAAAUCUAUUUGCAAAUGGAAGUCUUCACUUUAAAGUAUAUUAAUAUAUGUUGCUAGCUAUAAUUUUUUAUAAUAUUAUUCUUCUCUACUAGUUAACAAGCUCUUAAUGGACAUCUCCAAAAGCCACUGAAAUCCUGAAAUUUUCUAAAUUAUACAAUGAGCACAAAGGUGUUUUGUAUGUAUAGUAUAUUGAGCAAAAUUAUGCACAUCCUUCGAGUUAAUUUCUCUCUCCUACAAUUUUCCGUAUAGAGACUGUAGUAAUUUGGCAUGAAUUUUUGUACGUUGUUUUGUCUGUUAGCUGACUUUUUAUAUUUAUUUUAAUUACUUGAUAGAAUAUAUGGUGGCAGAGGACAUGCUAAAUUGUCAUUGUUAUUUUAGAGUUCCAAACUUAUUCCUUAAUUUCCACACACAAAAAUCUUGACUUGCCUUUUGAAAGGAAUUAUCACUUCAUCUUCAUACUUCAUGCAGCUAAUCCAUUUAAAAGCAAGAGAAAACUCAGAGGACCCUGUGCUACUUUUGAUCCAUGUAUACAGUGCUCAUUAACAGCAAUAGGAAUUCUGCAGAUCUAAGGUAAAAUUUAUUCUAAAGUCUCAAAUUUUGGUCUGCAGAUAUUUGGAUAUUCAGCUCAAUUUUACCUUAUUCUAGCCUGCCCUAGUAAAAAUAAUUUUCCUAUAAACCCCAGCAGAUUUAAAGGGUAUGUCAGACCUUAAUCUUCAAUCCAUGUUCUCCAAGCAGAUUUCACAUUGACCAUUAAAACUGGCAUAAUUUCUUUAAUUUCUUACCUUGCUAUUUUUCCAAGGUUUAAAUUCUUUACUUUCCUAUAGUAGCAUCCAGUUUCCUUUGACUGACAUUUUACUUCAUAGGGCUUUUUAUUCAUUACCCUAAUCAGUUUUUGUCUUAUUUCUUCUCUCCUACUAGUGAAAGGUUUUUGUUAGCUGUUUCUAUCCUUCCUAUUCUGUCCUAGAAAUAGCAUGGUCUGAGAAAUUUUAUUUUACAUUUUCUGGCUGCAUAUAUGUUGUCUUGGCCUCUGCUACUCUAAACUUUUUAUAACUGCCUGUACACAAUCAUAAAACCCUAUCAACAUUUUUUAGCUUUGAGUGUCUUGAGAAAUGUUCUACCAAGGAAAAUUUGACCUUCACAAUGUAUUGUUAUUUCUAUCAAGGAGCCAGGACUAUGACAUCAUAUUGACACCGGUAUAAAUAUUUCUCCUAACUUGAUUACGAGACAUUAGACUUCCAGUUUCUUGUACUAUGAUUUGAGUGCCAGGGGAAGAUAGGAUCUAUUAAUGUCCCCACAGUGAUGAAAAUUAGAAUAUGUUCUGAUCUAAAAAGAGGUUCUAACCUCCCUUAAAACCUUGUUUCAUGUGUCAUUCACUAGGGUUGCAGAGGUAGUUGCUGAUUGGUUGGCUUGUAAUAUCACCAAGUAUACAAAUAGCUAAAGAAAGUUUAUGAAGGACACUAUUCCAAUGCCAGUAUAUAUAGCCAUUUUUCCCCCAUGAAAUGGUUUCUGUUUUCAGGCCAAGAGCUGGAUCUUUUUUCUACAGUCCCUGAAACUGCCAUACCUUAUUUGUCUAAUAUGUGGCUCUACAUCUGCUGUGUACUAUAUGUUUCACAUGUGCCCUUAUUGUUUAUUUUGUCUUGAUUUUAUGUUCUGUGAAUUACUAAGUGCCCAGCUGACUACUUUUAGAUUUCACAUGUCCUGCCACUUGUAAUGUGUACAUCAACUAUGCCAUGCCCUUGUUUCAACUAUUUUGUUUUAUAUUUCAACUGUACAAUUGUUUAAUUCAUAAAAAAUAUAACUUUAAGCAUUCAUUUUUUCUCAUAGAUAUAAAGUAUUUUGUAAGUACUGGAAUUUUUCAUUAGAUCUUAUACAGAGCAGUAUUUUAUUAAAAAUUCAAAAGGGAAGACUUUUAUGUGUGCAUUUUUGUAGCUUGAUUUUUUUAAAAUAACUUUUCAUUGUUUACCUGCCAAGUGAAAUGUUUUCAAUUUGCAUAUGAAUGGAUACAAAAUGUAUUUUUUGUGCUGUUUAGUGUUAAGUUGUGCAUUUGCAGAUUUUUAGCAUGUAGUUGCACAAAUGGUUGUGCAGAGAUACUUUAAAAUAUAACAUACAACAAAGAAAAAAUCAUUGAUAAGAUGCUAUACAGAACUUUAAUUCAAUAGAUUAAUUUUAUAAAUACUGUCUGUCUGCCUGAUUAAAUAUGGAAACUAGAAACAUUA